CCCCUCCGGAGCCGCCAUGUCCUCGCCCACCCCGGCCAAGUGUCCCUUCAAGAAGCGAGGCAGCCUCCAGGCGGCCCCCCCCGCAGAGCUGCGGGGGGGGCUGGGGUCCCGGCCCCUGCAGUCUGCUCGGUCCCUGCCCGGGACCCCCCACAGCCUGAAGCACUUCCCGGUGGACCUGCGGACCUCCAUGGACGGCAAGUACAAAGAGAUCGCUGAGGAGCUGUUCUGCCGCUCGCUGGCCGAGAGCGAGAUGCGCUCCGCUCCCUACGAGUUCCCCGAGGAGAGUCCGAUCGAGCAGCUGGAGGAGCGCCGGCAGCGCCUGGAGCGGCAGAUCAGCCAGGACGUGAAACUCGAGCCAGACAUUUUGCUCAGAGCCAAACAGGACUUCCUGAAAAUUGACAGUGCCACGGACUUACAGCUCUUCAAGGAGCAGCACGAGGACCUGCGGGACUAUGUCCCCAAGGAGCGAGAGGCACUGCUGGAGAGGGAGUUCCAGCGAGUCACCAUCUCUGGGGAGGAGAAGUGUGGGGUGCCCUUCACCGACCUGCUGGACGCAGCCAAGAGCGUGGUGAAGGCUCUGUUUGUGAGGGAGAAGUACAUGGGGCUGUCCCUGCAGAGCUUCUGCAAGACCACCGCCCGCUACCUGCAGGAGCUCUCCGAGAAGCCCCUGGAGACCCGCGCCUACGAGGAGGUGCCUGAGACCCCCGUGGCUGCCGAUGCCCCUGUGCACCCCCCCUUCAUGGAGCAGCACCCCUAUGAGGGCUGGGACCCCCAGAGCAUGCCAGCUGACCUGGGCUUUGGCUUGAAGAUGGUGGAUGGUGUGGUGCACGUCUACACCAAGCAGGACCUGACCGACAAGAGCACAGAGCUGGACCUGCCCUACCCAGACCUGCAGGAGUUCAUUGCUGACAUGAAUUUCCUCAUGGCUUUGAUCAUCAAUGGUCCCAUCAAAUCCUUCUGCUACCGCCGGCUGCAGUACCUGAGCUCCAAGUUCCAGAUGCAUGUCCUGCUCAACGAGAUGAAGGAGCUGGCAGCCCAGAAGAAGGUUCCCCACAGGGACUUCUACAACAUCCGCAAGGUGGACACCCACAUCCACGCCUCGUCCUGCAUGAACCAGAAGCACCUCCUGCGCUUCAUCAAGAGGGCCAUGAAGAAGCACCUGGAUGAGAUUGUCCACGUGGAGAAGGGCAAGGAGCAGACCCUCAAGGAGGUCUUCGAGACGAUGAACCUCACGGCCUACGACCUCAGCGUGGACACCUUGGACGUCCAUGCGGACCGCAACACCUUCCACCGCUUCGACAAGUUCAACGCCAAGUACAACCCCAUCGGGGAGUCCAUCCUCAGGGAGAUCUUCAUCAAGACAGACAACUGUGUCUCGGGCAAGUACUUUGCCCACAUCAUCAAGGAGGUGAUGGCUGACCUGGAGGAGAGCAAGUACCAGAACGCCGAGCUGCGGCUGUCCAUCUACGGCCGCUCCCGGGACGAGUGGGACAAGCUGGCGCGCUGGGCGGUCAACCACCGCGUCCACUCCAACAACGUCCGCUGGCUGGUGCAGGUGCCACGGCUCUUCGACGUCUACCGGACCAAGAAGCAGUUGGCCAACUUCCAGGAGAUGCUGGAGAACAUCUUCAUGCCCCUCUACGAGGCCACCGUCCACCCUGCCCAGCACCCAGAGCUGCAUCUCUUCCUGGAGCAUGUGGAUGGCUUCGACAGCGUGGAUGAUGAGUCCAAACCAGAGCACCACAUCUUCAACCAGGACAGCCCUUUGCCAGGCAACUGGGUGGAGGAGGACAACCCUCCCUACUCCUACUACCUGUACUACAUGUAUGCCAACAUGACAGUCCUCAACCACCUCCGGCGGAAGAGAGGCUUCCACACCUUCGUGCUGCGCCCGCACUGCGGGGAGGCUGGCCCCAUCCACCACCUGGUCUCAGGCUUCAUGGUCUCGGAGAACAUCUCCCACGGCCUGCUGCUCCGCAAGGCCCCUGUCCUGCAGUACCUUUACUACCUGGCACAGAUUGGCAUCGCCAUGUCCCCGCUGAGCAACAACAGCCUCUUCCUCAGCUACCACCGCAACCCCCUGCCCGAGUACCUCUCCAGGGGCCUCAUGGUCUCCCUCUCCACCGAUGACCCCCUCCAGUUCCACUUCACCAAGGAGCCCCUGAUGGAGGAGUACAGCAUUGCCACCCAGGUGUGGAAGCUCAGCUCCUGCGACAUGUGCGAGCUGGCGCGGAACAGCGUCCUCAUGAGCGGCUUCUCCCACAAGGUGAAGAGCUACUGGCUGGGUCCCAACUACAUGAAGGAAGGCCCAGAGGGCAACGACAUCCGCCGGACCAACGUGCCCGACAUCCGCGUCAGCUACCGCUUCGAGACCCUGUGCCAGGAGCUGACCCUCAUCACCCAGGCGGUGCAGAGCGAGGAGCUGGAGACCAUCCAGGAGGAGGAUGUGCUGACCAUCACCUCCACCCUGGCCACCCACUGAGUGCCCUGCCUCAGGGAGCACAUCUCCCCCCC